CGUCACAGAAUUCCAUUUUUUUCGAGUGGCCCUAAUCCUCUUCAGUAAAAAGAACAAACCUGCCGUCCGUUUGUUUAACUUUCAGUCCUCUUUCUCAACACAAACUAAACUUGGCAUUUCUACACUAAAGAUGUUACUUUUUCUGAUCAGAAAAUGACGCGGAGUGAGUCCUCUUUCCUCUAGUCUGUCUCUGCACUUGGCUCCUCCCACAUCUUUGAAGCGUCAACAGCGCCAAACUCCUGGCUCCCCGACGGAAAAAUGACCGCCGGUGCAGAGGAACCGCUGUGGAGGAAAGUUCAUUCCGUUACUGGAGUGGUACCGCGGUCUAGACACGGACACCGAGCAGCAGCAAUUCGGGAGCUGAUUGUCGUGUUUGGUGGCGGAAACGAGGGGAUCGCAGAAGACCUACAUGUUUACAACACUGUCUCAAAGCAGUGGUUUCUGCCUGCGGUGAGGGGUGACAUCCCUCCUGGCUGUGCUGCUCAUGGCUUUGUCUGCGAAGGGACUCGGAUACUUGUCUUUGGUGGCAUGGUGGAGUUUGGCAAAUACAGCGGUAGCCUCUAUGAACUCCAGGCUAGUCGCUGGCUGUGGAAGAAGCUGAAGCCCAGAGCUCCCAGAACUGGCUCACCUCCAUGCCCUCGGAUCGGACACAGCUUCACUCUUGUGGGAAACAAGUGUUACCUGUUUGGAGGGCUGGCCAAUGAUAGUGAGGACCCCAAUGGCAAUGUACCACGGUACUUGGAUGAUUUCUUUGAGCUGGAGCUGCAGUCGGUAUCAGGGGCGAGAUGUUGGAGUAUCCCAGAGACAAAGGGUGGUGGUCCAUCAGCACGAGAGUCCCACACAGCAGUUGCCUACACUGGUCUGGGGUCUCCGAAGCUCUACAUCUUCGGUGGGAUGGAAGGAUGUCGGUUAGAUGACCUCUGGCAACUUGACCUUGACACAAUGGUGUGGUCAAUGCCUGAAACCAGGGGAUGCAGACCACUUCCCAGAAGUCUUCACUCUGCCAAUGUCAUUGGAAACCAGAUGUAUGUGUUCGGAGGCUGGAUUCCUGUUCCAGAGUCAGAAAAGGCAAAUUUUAUAGGAACAGAAUGGAUCUGCACUAACUCCUUAAGUCUUCUCAACCUAGACACUAUGAACUGGCAGAACCUGGGUCCAGAGCAGCAGGAUGAUAUCGAGUCUCAGCUGCAGAGCCAAGGCCCUCCUAGUGAUGAUCCAUACGCCUGCAAACCCAGAGCCCGGGCGGGUCACUGCGCUGCUGCUGUUGGAUCUCGGCUUUACAUUUGGAGUGGCCGUGAUGGAUACCGUAAGAGCUGGAACUAUCAGGUUUGCUGCAAGGAUCUCUGGUAUCUGGAGACAGAGCGACCUACCACCCCGGAGCAAGUGUUACUUAUCAAGUCCAAUGUCAGCAUGCUCCACGUAGCAUGGCGUCCCCUGGCUGCAGCAGACUACUACAUCCUUCAGAUUCAGCCAGUGAGUCCUCACAGUAAUGGAUCCAACCAGUCACAUGCAAAACAAGUGGAUCGGACUGAAACAGACGGACAGGAAGGUAAGGAUAAAAAUGCUUCAGGUAUCAAAGUUCAUGCUAAAAGUGAAGAUAUCCCUAAGAAAGAAGAGAACACAUCAGUGAAGGAUGCUUCAGCACAGCAGGAAAAUUCAGUCAAAGUAUUGACUGGUUCAGUGGAUGCCUAUGUAGAUGGAGGCAGAGACGCACAGAAACACCACAUUGGUGGACAGGAGACCUCAUCCGCAAAAGUCAGCAGCUCGACAGAAUCUGUCACAGGUGACAAGACACAGCAGGUCCUACAGAAUCCAGAUGAAGCAGUGUGGUUUGAUGUGGGUGUGUUCAGAACGCUCUUCUCUGAGGUCAGCCACUACUAUCUACCUGCUGACAAUGAUCAGGCGACUGCAGCGAUCAGCAUCCGGCCCACCAACACUAAAGAGAGGAAACUGCCCGGACCACAGGACUACCAGGACAGAGAGAAGCGGGAGCUGACUCCAGGUCAAACCUACAGGUUCAGAGUUGCAGGCAUCAACUGUUUUGGCCAAGGAGAUUACAGCCCAGUUAGUGAGUUUAAGACCUGCCAACCUGGCUUCCCUGGAGCACCCUCUGCUGUCAAAAUCACCAAGGCCAAUGAUUCGGUCCACAUUACCUGGGAGGCGCCGUCAUCUACGUCAGGUCGGAUCCUGGAGUAUUCCAUGUACAUGGCAGUGAGGAAGAGCCGCUCCACCAGCUCUGAGCGUCCGGGUCAGAUGGCCUUCAUCCGGAUCUACCGCGGCACCAAGAUGUCCUGCUCUGUCAGCUCCUCCCACCUGGACAACGCCCACAUUGACUGCUCCGCCUCCAACAGGCCAGCUGUCGUCUUCCGCAUCGCAGCCAAAAAUGAACAGGGCUACGGCCCAGCAACGCAGAUCCGCUGGAUUCAAGGUGCAGAAAAUCCCACUAAACUACGAUCAUCCACAUCCAACGCAGACAGCAGUGCUGAAGCUGACCAAGAUGCUGCUGACAGCUCCAGCUGAAAAUGGCAUUGGCAUUGUGUUUUAGAGAAACUCUACUCAGGAAGCUGGCAGAGGACGCCACUCAAAAGUUGUAUAUUUCUGAGAUAGUUUGGUUAAUUUAUUUUUUUAUGUAUUUAAUUAUACACUUGUACAUAGCUUUUCAUAGGUUUGACCACUAUGUUAUUUUAGUAAACAAAUGAUUUGUGUAUACAUGUAUAAUGUGAGACUGAAAAUGUUGGCGGUGCCUUCGUGUUAACGUCACCAGUCACUGAUGCUUUAUAUGUCACAGUAUGGAAUGAAACUAAGAUGAAAUGGUUUUAGGGUGGACCGGUUUUACAGUCACAUGUGUGAUAUCAAAAAUGUAUCCACUGUAGUGUUGGCAUUGUUCUAAUGUUGUAUCCGUUAAUCCAGGUUUGUUUAAGAUUUUGAUUAUUUGGCACUGUCCACCACCAUAUGUUAACUAAAUUUGUAACAACUCUGCAUUUAUUCCUUUAUGAUGUAGUGUUCCUUUUAUUAGUAGUAUUGUCACCAGUCCAUUUUUAUGAGUGUAAUGCAUGAGGCCAUUAUCACCACUAUAUAUGUUCAGUAAAAGAAGUGUUCAUCCAUCCAUCAUAUCCUACAUUAUUUACAGCCCUAACACAAACAGAUAAGAACACAACUGUAGUUUGUGACAUUAAAUGUAUAAAAAA